UUAAUAGUGCAUGAUUUAGUUAAUUUUUACGUACGCCUAGUCCUUCUUAGUUCUCAGUUAUAGUUAUUUGUCUUGUGCUACUGAAAGUUCUCAGUAUUGCCUGUGCAUCCUCAGGAGUAUAAGGAAAAUCACUGGUUAUGUCAGGAUAAACUUUCUUGGCCUCUCAUGGAUCAUGCUGAACUAUACCAGUGACCGUUCAUGGUGGAACACUGCUGAGUGACCCGACCACACUGUCAGUGUCAUAUGGUAGGCCUACUAGUACUACUGCACCCGGCAGUUGAAUAGAGACGAAAAAUAGACUGUCUGCUUGCUUGAAAUAAAACAAAAAGUCUUUUUGGAAUGCAAGUCAGCUUAAAAGGAAAGAAAACAGACAUUUUUGUGUCACCUCAUCUUGAGACAUGGUGCUCCAGGUCAUCAUUCUUACUCUGUUGAGUCAGUUAUAUCUAUUUGGAGUCGAAGCUGCCUAUGUUGAGUUUUCUUCAAGUUCCUUGACCCUUGAAGUAGGAAAGACAUCAAAUGUCACCCUUAAUAUAAGUUCUCCUAUCCAGGAUGAAGCAAUUCUGUGGUUCACAUACCAGGAGGGUGAUAACAUACUCACGAGGCAGACGUACGAAGUAGUUUCACCACUAGGCAACCUCACAAUACAUGCAAAUGAAUCAAGAGAAAUACCAAUCUGUAUUGAGGGUGUGGAUGCUGGCAAUGUCAUUGUUGGUCUCAACUCAUCAGCUGAUGAAUUUGAGGAUCUGGACAAAGCAUUUGUGCGCGUGGACGUUGUUCAUUUCAAGGCGCUAGACAUUGUCUCACAAGUGAUUGGGUGGAUAUAUUUUGUUGCAUGGUCCGUCUCAUUCUAUCCACAAGUGGUGCUAAACUGGCAGCGCAAAAGUGUUGUUGGAUUAAACUUUGAUUUUGUUUGUUAUAACCUGACUGGAUUCGUUGCUUAUGGUCUGUUCAACAUUGGCUUGUUUUGGAUUCCUGAGAUUAUUAACAUGUAUAAAGAACAACAUCCAAGAGGCAUCAAUCCUGUGCAACUCAAUGAUGUUUUCUUCUGCAUUCAUGCUGUGGCCCUCACCAUCAUCGUCCUUAUACAGGUUCUAAUAUAUGAUCGAGGAGGACAGCGUGUGUCCCGAGUGUGUAUCAUCCUGCUAGCCCUGAUGUGGCUAUUUGCUGGUGUCUCGCUAGUUGUGGUGCUGUUCCACAAGAUAACUUGGCUAGAUUACCUCUACUUCUUCUCGUAUAUAAAAAUAGCCAUUACACUUAUCAAGUAUGUGCCACAGGGUUUUAUGAACUACCAAAGGAAGAGUACAGAAGGCUGGAGUAUAGGGAAUGUCCUGUUGGACUUCACCGGUGGUUCCUUCAGUUUGGUGCAGAUGUUCGUGUUGGCUUAUAAUAACAAUGAUUGGGGUUCCAUAUUCGGUGAUCCAACAAAGUUUGGUCUUGGUGCUAUCUCCAUUCUAUUUGACAUCUUCUUCAUGGUCCAGCAUUAUAUUCUUUACCGCCCAAAGAAGGGUCAAGGUACAAGUGAAAAAGACCCACUUCUCUGUGAAAAACGUACCAAUAAUCUUGAAAACAGCAGUUACAAUCAGACUGUGAACUGUGAGCCAAAUUCUCCACCUGGGAGGCUUAAUUCUAAAACAUAUAUCAUUGAGGAUUGAUGGUGUCACUGUCAUGCUGGGAACAUGCUAUGGAGACAAUGAAAACAAGUUUACAAGCGAACCGCCUAUGGAUACAUAGCCUAAUAGAGAAGGAGGGAUCUAGAACAGAGUGUUGUAAAAGUUCCCAAUUCAUCGACAGAAUAGUCUAUGAGUGAUAAGAUAAUGUUGAUAAAGAAAUUUUGUAAUGCCUGAUGAACACCAUCAUCACUGUGCAAUAGUCUUAGCAGGGUGCAACAAUGGGGUCCAUUAUAAAACGAUUAUAUAGCUGUGUAUGUUGUGAACUCAAGUCCUUAUACAUGUACAUGUUAUAACUUGUAUAUGAUUAUUUUGACAAUUGGCAAUAAAUAUUUUAUUUAUUAUUCAAAUCGUAU